GAUUGAACAGCAGCUCAAAAACAGAAAAUUAGAAAUGAGUAGACGAAUUGCAUUAAUAAUCGUUGCCUUCUUAACUUUGAAAUGGUGUAACGGUUCAGGGCCAGAGAAUAUUUCAUACGAUUCGUGCAAUGUUACAGCUACGUGCGGUAAUGCUAUUACGUCGAUCAAUAUGUUGAGUGUCCCGACGACAGAUGAGCAUUCAAGCAGGCGGCUGCUGGACGUUAUUAGCGAAAUAAAUUCACUGGAAAUGAAGAUUACUGCCUUCGAUGAUCGUUUUGCAACAUCGGUGCACCAACAAAAUGGUAUAAUCGUUGGUGAAAACAACAACAUGGCUGAAAUUGAAAGAAGAUUGCCAAGAAUUGAACGGUAUCUGGUGUCAGAACCUGGUUCGCUACGUUUGCACUUACGAAAUGGUUGGUUUGAUCCGAACAACGGAUACGAAUAUUUAAUCCCGAAAGAAUAUUUGGCGUUUAAUUACGACGAUGCGAGAAACAUUUGUAUCAAUCAAUUCCAUUCGAAAAUAGCAACAGUUGGAAUGCGACAACAGAAUACGCGUUCUUUACUUCGGAGUUACUUCCACCGUGUUCAAGUUAUUUACUUUGGUUUGACCGACCGGGUACAAGAAGGACGUUGGGUGUGGGACGAUGGUGAAGAACUGCAACCUGACCAAUCUAACUGGAGAAGUGGGGAACCUAACAAUCUCAAUUAUGAUUACACAGGUCAUGGGGAAGACUGCGCUUUCAUUGCACCAAGGCCACAGUAUCAAUGGAAUGACAGCCCUUGUGGAACUCCUGGUUUCGUGUUGUGCGAGCGGCCGAUUCAGUAUCAAAAAUAGUAAACCAAAUAAAAAGCGGCCUUUGCAAUCGGAAACUGACUUCAUAGCAAAUAAUUAAAACGACCGAAAAUUAUUUUAACGGAAUAAAUUUUAAGUUUGUGAUUUUAAUAAAAUUUAAACAAAAUGA